AUGCCUAGAAAAAGGAAGAGUAGUAGUAAAUUUGUGAAAGAGAGUGACGAAGAAUUCGGAAGCACCUCUAAAGACAAAGAUUUAGAAACUGACCCGUCAGAAUCAGAAUCAGACUCUUAUGAAUCGAAGGCAAAAUCUCGUCAAAAUAAAAAAACAAGGCAUGUAGAGAACGACAAUGAAGAAGCUACUUUUAAGCUUUCUGAAAAAAAACGAGUGACUGUCCGUAAAUUUAAGAAUAUGUUGCUGAUCGACUUUCGCGAACAUUAUAAGACUCCUGAAG